AAGCAGGAGCUGAAGUGGAGAUCUCCAUCCAACUCUCACCUCACCGCACCUUUUAUUGGUCAGUGUUACCUGCUAUGCAAAUUAGAGAACAGGAUCUCUGGGAGGUGAUUGGACGCCGGAGAUGUCAGUCAUGUCCAGCGUCCAGGGCUACAAGUUUACCGCAAAGUUGACAGGUCGAGUUUUUGAUUUCACGUGAACAGAACACGUGACUGUGUGCGAAGAUCAAAGAGAAUUCUACAUUGAGAUCUUUUUUUAAACAUUUAGCGGAUAAACAGCCCUGAGAAUGUGCGUCUAGCAUGGCCACGGCACCGACUGACGCGUCGCGUGGGGCGACAUGCCGUGCAGGUCACCGCGGAACCCCAGCGUGUGCGUCCGGAGCGCCGUGAGGAAGUGCGCGCUCACGGUGGUGUCGGUGCUCGUCUCCUUCUACCUGAAGAAGGAGCUCGGCGGCUGCGUGCUCCACGGACGCGCCGCCGGCUCGCUCCACAGGCGGUUAUCGGACGGCGGAGAUGUCCCGGACGCCGCGCGAGGUUUCCUGGCGGCGCCCCGCGGAAGGAUCCGGACGCUACGCUCCGGGAUGAAGCAACUGCCGAGCGCCAUCGUGGUGGGCGUGAAGAAAGGCGGCACGCGCGCGCUGCUCGUAUUCCUUCGCGUGCACCCGGACGCUAGGGCGACGGGGACCGAGCCACACGUCUUUGACCGUUUCUAUGGCAACGGAUUGGCGCGGUACAGAGACCUGAUGCCCAAGACCCUGGAUUGUCAGAUCACCAUGGAGAAGACGCCCAGCUACUUUGUGACUCGUGAAGCUCCAGCUCGAAUCUACUCAAUGUCACGUUCCACCAAACUCAUCGUGGUGGUGAGGGAUCCGGUCACCCGGGCCAUUUUAGACUACACACAGACACUGUCCAAAAAGCCAGACAUUCCCUCAUUUGAGAACCUGACUUUUAAAAACAGGACUACAGGCCUAAUCGACACCUCAUGGAGCGCCAUCCAGUUUGGCAUCUACGCCAAGCACCUGGACAACUGGCUCCAGUAUUUCCCCAUGCGUCAGAUCCUGUUUGUAAGCGGCGAGCGGUUGAUCAGUGACCCAGCCGGAGAGCUCGGCCGUGUGCAGGAUUUUCUGGGCCUCAAGAGGAUCAUUACAGACAAACACUUUUAUUUCAACCAGACCAAGGGCUUUCCAUGCCUGAAGAAGGCUGAAGGAAGCAGCAAGCCUCACUGCCUGGGCAAAACCAAAGGCCGAACACACCAUAACAUUGACCCUGAGGUGGUGCAGAGGUUUCGGGACUUCUACCGGCCCUUUAAUAUUAAGUUCUACCAGAUGACUGGAAUGAUAUUUGGCUGGGACGACUGACUUUAUACUUUAGACGGACCAUACAUUAUGAUUGCUUGCAGUUCCAAUCAGUACAAGAAAUACACCAAUAUAGACAUGAAGUUGAGUUGACCCGUGCAACACUGUGAUUCCAGAGGUGAACACAGAGUCUUAACCAAUAAUUCAUCGUUGCCCCUUAUACUAUUGGGCGAAAAUUCUCCUGGGGUAAAUAUUAGUCAUUUAAAAACAUGUAAAAGCUUUGUGUUUUGACCAGUUUCUAUAAUGCAUGUAAGAGGGCAACAAGGUGGGGGAAAAACGUUCCGUUGUUUUACAUAAAAAGAAUGUGGAGGAUUUGGUUAGAUCUCUACUUUAGGUUAGGAUUUACAGUAGCAAUAAGGAAAUUCUUGUCUUUUAAGGAAUUGUUAUAAUUAUUAAACAGACACUGCAGGAAAUUUAGUUUAUUCAGAAGAAAAAACAGACAGACAUUGAGAAAAUUGCCUCUAGGGUGCAGUCUGAAAUAGUGACCAGUGGUCGACUCCGAGGAUAUCGAUGGUUGCAACUGCACACUAUUCGAAGAGGAGAUGUUGUUUCUCAAAAGGACUUGAGCAACAAUGACCUAAAGGAGUUAAGCGAACAUUAUUCUCUUAUUGCUACGGUUUUAUUCUCAGAAUUUAGACUUUAUUCUCAUACGCUUUUUUCUCAAAAUAUUAGGUUUUGCUGCAACAGGGUAAAAAGGGACCUUUAGAACACUUGAGAAUUGAUAAUCGAUAAAUAAUCUACAUUUAAUCAAUAAUCAAGCUAUACAGGUGGUCUGGGUCAAUAGAAUAUCCAGUGAACAGAACAUGAGGGUUAAGUGUACAUCAUUGAUCUCAUCCGCAAAAUUCUUUAUUAUUUAUGUCCAGUCCAGAUUAUCCAUAUUUAUUAUUUAGAGUGCCGGAGAUGUCGUUUACCAUAUAUUUACUUCCAUGGUUUUCAUCUUAAGUCUUCAAAAGCCCCUGCUCACCACACAUUGAAGUUCUCCUUGAGCACAACACCUACACUAUAUUUCCAAAAGUAUUGGGUCACCUGGUCAUAAGUACGAUGUGUGAUUUAUAUGCAUCG